GCAGAAUGCGCGUGCCACUGACGUUUGGCGCUUGUAUGACGGUGGUGACAGUUCUGUAGUGAUUGUAAAUAUGAUAAUUCCUACGUGGGGUGUGCUCGUAGAUGGCAUUUAAUGCAAACUUAACCUAAAUUCGAGCUAGGCUGAUCAAACGAGACGUUUUUGGACUCUCCAGGUUACUUUUUUGAGUUGCAUCUCAGAACAUACUCUAACCUAAGAAAUGACUGUGCACAACUUAUAUAUAUUCUCUCGGAAUGGGACUUUGCUCUACUAUGCCGAAUGGAACAGGUUGAAUAAAUCUGGAAUAACUAAGGAAGAGGAGGCCAAACUGAUGUACGGUAUGCUCUUCUCGAUAAAGUCGUUCAUAAACAAGAUAUCGCCAUUGGAUCCAAAGGAUGGGUUUCUCCAUUACAAGACCAGCAAAUACACUCUUAAUUAUCUCGAGACACCUUCAGGUCUCAAAUUUGUACUAAAUACCGAUAAUUCAGCUCAGAAUGUCAGGAAUCUUCUUCAGCAACUUUAUGGUCAAGUGUAUAUUGAAUUUGUCGUGAAGAACCCACUGUGUAAAUUAAAUGAACCUAUUCAAAGUGAAUUAUUCAAGACUAAACUCGACGAGCUUGUUAAAUCAUCCCCCUACUUCUGAUUCAUACCACCAAGCACAGGAGGAGGUAGAAGCAGACCUAUUCCAUUAAACGUCAUUGAAUACCUUUUUUAAAAUGGUACUAUUUCGUCGUAAAAAAGAACAUCCGGAUGAUAGGCGACUUCUGGAAAGCAUGGACGC